AUGGAGGCUGUGGCUCUUUUCUCUUUCACAGCGUCAGAAGCGGACGAGAUCAGUUUUCACAAAGGGGACAUUAUCAAGGUGACAGAAAUGGAUGAUGAUUCCUGCUGGGUCACAGCAGAGGUCCAGGGGAAGCGCGGCUACGUGCCCGAGAACUACAUUUCCCUCCUCCCUCAUCCGUGGUUCGCAGGACCGGUGUCGAGACUCGAGGCUGAGCAGCGUCUGCGUUGGCAGGACACUGGAGUGUUUCUGGUGAGGGAGAGUGAAUCAGCUCCCGGAGAGUUUUCUGUCUCUGUUAGCUACGGUGACAGGGUGGAGCACUUCCGGGUUCUGGAGGGGGGCGGUCAGUACUGCAUCUGGGACGAGUCGUUUUGUUCCCUCAACCGCCUGGUGGACUUCUACAGAACUCACAGCAUCGCCGUGGAGAAAGCCGUCUGCUUCAGAGACCCUCCAUCGUCCCCCCAGCUGCUGCCACACCCGGCACGUAACCCCUACCCCAACCCUUACAAAAGCAGCUCUCAGGAGUCCAUCCCCUCAGCCCGCCUCUACUCUCACCCGUCCCACCCGGAGCGAGAAACCUCCCCGCGUCGCCUGGAGCCAGUUUUGGAGAAGCCUCGUCUGGCUCACGCUCUCUGCGACUACGCCCCCCCUCAGAGCGCCCACCUCCACUUCACGCGCGGCGACAUCAUUGACCUGCUGGACUGCUCGAGCUCCCUGAGCUGGAGGGGGCGCUGUCGAGGCCGAGUCGGCGUCUUUCCGCCGGAAUACGUCCAGCCGCUGUACCACUGA